AUGGUCGCCAAGGGAACCCGCGCUGCCAAGGGGCUGAUCAACCUCUGGGCCACCGACCGCGGCACCUUUCCCGUCGUGAUGCUAGUGGGCUUCGCCAUGACCGCUGCGCUCGGCAACUGCGUCCGGCAUCUCAUGAGCAACCCGGACGUGUGCGGUGACAAGUCCAAGCGCAACAACUUUAUGCAUUACAACGAGGACCAGGGCUCGGACUGGCGGGCUCGGCGCUUCCGCUUCGCCAACAUCAAGAAGAACGCGAUCAACCAGUCGCGCCAGUUCGACCCCGCCUUCGAGAAGGAGGAGAACAAGAGCGUCCACAGAGACUAGGAUGCGGGUGAGCCUGGAAGGCGACACCCACCCUGCCAAUAUACGUAUUAUGUAGUCGU